CAUGGAAAAUACGAGACCUAUCCGGUCCACGUGUCGACUCCGUGUUAAGGACCUAAGAAAAAAAAUGGCAUCUUCUGAUAACCCCAACGUAAUCGAGACGGAGGUCAAAAACCGGGACCAGAAAGAGGACAAGAAAGAUGACGAGAAGGGCGGAUUCAUCGACAAGGUCAAGGACUUCAUCCACGACAUUGGCGAGAAAAUCGAGGAGACUAUCGGGUUCGGUAAGCCAACUGCCGAUGUCACCGCCAUUCACAUCCCUCACAUAAACCUCCAUAAAGCCGACAUUAUCGUCGAUGUACUCGUCAAAAACCCUAAUCCCGUUCCUAUCCCUCUCAUCGACAUCAACUACUUGAUCGAGAGCGAUGGCCGAAAGCUCGUCUCCGGCUUAAUUCCCGACGCCGGCACUAUCCACGCGCACGGCUCGGAAACCGUCAAAAUACCCGUUUGUUUGAUUUACGACGAUAUUAAAAACACGUAUAAUGACAUAAAGCCCGGGAGCAUAAUCCCUUAUAGGGUUAAGGUUGACCUAAUUGUGGAUGUCCCGGUUUUCGGCCGUCUCACAUUGCCGCUCGAGAAGACGGGCGAGAUCCCGAUACCUUACAAGCCCGAUGUUGAUGUUGAGAAGAUACAUUUCGAGAAGUUUUCUUUUGAGGAAACUGUGGCAACCCUUCAUCUAAGGUUGGAGAAUAUGAAUGAUUUUGACUUGGGGCUUAAUGAUCUUGAUUAUGAGGUGUGGCUAGGUGACGUGAGCAUAGGUGGGGCCGAUCUCGUGAAGUCGGCUAAGAUUGAGAAGAAUGGGGUUAGUUAUAUUGAUGUGCCGAUUACGUUUAGGCCUAAGGAUUGUGGGUCGGCGCUUUGGGACAUGAUUAGAGGGCGAGGAACGGGUUACUCUAUGAAGGGGAAUAUUCAUGUGGACACGCCUUUUGGUGAGAUGAAAUUGCCGAUUUCGAAGGAAGGAGGGAAAACCGUGCUUAAGAAGGAGGAGGAGGAUGGAGGUGAUGAUGAUGAUGAGGAAUGAGAACUUCUUGUGGGAAACUAGAUGAUACCUUUGAUUACAAAUAAUAGGAACUAUAGCUCGUAUAUUAAAAUUCGAACUGUGUGCUGUUUGUAAUGUUUUAGAGUGUUACUUUUGAGAUUGUAUGUAUCCUUUGCUAUGCUACUGCACUUUGUUUCUCUACCUACUUAUAGCAUUAUGUUGAUUGGAUUGUGUAUGAACAUACGAAAGUUUUCAGCUAAAAUAAUUGAAUGUUGUGACUGGAUGUAUCAGGAUGAAUGGUAGUAUAUCAUCU